AUGCACGGCCGCCGUGACGCGGACCGUGUGGCAUCAUCUCGCAGCCCCGAAGUUAACAAGGACGGUGACGACGAUGACGACUCCGACUAUAGCGAGGACGCCGUCGGCACUGACGACGAGGCGGACUCGGGAGAAGAGGAGGACAAGGACAUGUCCGACUCGGAGGGCGACGCGGACGGUGACGACGCGGAGGGUGACGACGACGACGCCCCGGAGGAAUCGCAGCCCGCGGCACCGAUUGCUCGCCGCGGUCGUGCUAAGGCGGCAUCUGGCGUCAAGACCGCCGCUAAGGGCGGGGAGCCAACACGCCUUGCUCCAAAGACCCGCGACCAGAUCCCGGUGAAGCGCAUCAUGGCCGCCGCUGAGCCGCAUGCCGUGGAUGGCGGCGGGGCCAUAUACGUGAAUGUGCCGUGCGGGUUCUCGGUAUCGUCAACGUCCGCUCCAUGCACCUCUACUCCGAUGUUCACGGAGACAGCUACCAUGGCUGCUGCCAAGCUGGUCUGUGAGACCAUCAAGGGAUGCAACGUGGAUGCGAUGACCAAGCUAGAGGGCCUCGUCCACGCCUGGAUGUAG